AUGUACGGGGGAGGCGAUGAGGAGGAGUACGAGCGGGAGCGGGAGGAGGAGGAGAUUACGCAGGAGGACGCGUGGGCGGUGAUCAGCGCGUACUUCGAGGAGAAGGGGCUGGUGCGGCAGCAGCUGGACUCGUUCAACGAGUUCAUUCAGGACACGAUGCAGAGCAUUGUGGACGAGUCCGCGGAGAUCGAGGUCCGCCCGCAAGCGCAGCAUCUGCCUGGCCGACCCAUGGACAACACGGAUAUGACGUGCAAGGUGACGUUUGGGCAGAUCUACCUCUCCAAGCCAACAAUGACGGAGCCGGACGGCGAGACCAACACGCUGUUCCCCAAGGCGGCGCGCCUGCGCAACCUCACGUACGCCGCGCCUCUCUACGUGGACAUUACCAAGACCAUCACCACGCGCGGGGAGGACGGCGAGGAGGAGGUCAGCACGGAGCAAGCCGACAAAGUCUUCAUCGGAAAAAUCCCGAUCAUGCUGAGAUCGAAUUACUGCACGUUGCAUAACGCCACGGAUAAGGAGCUGACGGAGCUGGGGGAGUGCCCGUACGACCAGGGCGGGUAUUUUGUGAUUAACGGGAGCGAGAAGGUGCUGAUCGCGCAGGAGAAGAUGGCGAGCAACCACGUGUAUGUGUUUCAGAAGCGGCAGCCGAACAAGUACGCGUACGUGGCGGAGGUGAGGAGCAUGGCGGAGAGGCAGAACCGCCCGCCCAGCUCCUGCUUCAUCCGCAUGCUCUCCCGUUCUUCUACCAAAUCGGGCUCAUCAGGGCAGGUGAUCCGAGCGACCCUCCCGUACAUCAAGGCAGAGAUCCCGAUCAUCGUGGUGUUCCGCGCGCUGGGGUUCGUGGCGGAUAAAGACAUCAUGGAGCAUGUGUGCUACGACUUCACUGACACUGCCAUGAUGGAGCUGCUCAGGCCAUCGCUAGAAGAGGCCUUCGUGAUUCAAAACCAGCAGGUGGCUCUGGAUUACAUUGGCAAGCGAGGCGUGCCAGUGGGCGCGCCACGCGAGCGAAGAAUAAAGUACGCCAAGGAUAUUCUCCAGAGGGAGUUCUUGCCCCACGUGGGUGUGGGCGAGUUUUGUGAAACCAAAAAGGCCUAUUUCUUUGGGUACAUGAUUCACCGGCUGCUGCUGUGUGCGCUGGGGCGGCGCAACGAGGACGACAGGGAUCACUACGGCAACAAGCGCCUCGACCUUGCCGGGCCGCUGCUCGCUGGGCUCUUCCGCCAGCAACGAGGACGACACGACAGGGAUCACUAUGGCAACAGGCGCCUCGACCUUGCCGGCCCGCUGCUCGCAGGGCUCUUCCGCCAGGACGACAGGGAUCACUUCGGCAACAAGCGCCUGGAUCUCGCUGGCCCGCUGCUCGCAGGGCUCUUCCGCCAGGUGGGUGUGUGUCUCUGGGCAUGGCAUCCUGUCCGCAAGCUCACCAAGGAUGUGCAAGGGUACCUGCAGCGGUGCAUGGAUCACGGCAAGGAGAUCAACCUGUCGUAUGCAGUGAAGGCGAAGAUCAUUACAGGCGGGCUUAAAUACUCGGUGGCCACGGGUAACUGGGGGCAGGCCAACCAGGCCGGCACCAAGGCGGGGGUGUCACAGGUGCUGAAUCGUCUGGCCUACGCGUCCUCCCUGUCCCAUCUGCGCCGCCUCAACUCGCCCAUCGGUCGCGACGGCAAGCUGGCGAAGCCGAGGCAGCUGCACAACUCGCUGUGGGGCAUGAUGUGCCCCGCUGAGACCUCCGAGGGGCAGGCCGUGGGGCUGGUGAAGAACCUGGCGCUCAUGACGUACAUCACUGUAGGCAGCAACGCCGCUCCCAUCCUGGAGUUUCUGGAAGAGUGGCUCACUGAGAAUCUCGAGGAGAUCUCCCCAGCGCUCAUCCCGCAGGCCACCAAGGUGUUUGUCAACGGCUGCUGGGUGGGCGUCCAUCGCGACCCGGAUGAGCUCGUGCGCACGCUGAGACAGCUCCGGAGACAGCUGGAUGUGAACUCGGAAGUGAGUGUGGUGCGUGACAUCCGUCUCAGAGAGUUACGGCUCUACACGGAUUACGGGCGGUGCUCCCGCCCGCUUUUUAUCGUGGAGAAGCAGCGGCUGCUGAUCAAGAAGCGUGAUGUGCUGGCGCUGCAGCAGGAGGGCUCGGGCAUCGGAUGGAACGAGCUGGUGGAGAAGGGGUUUAUCGAAUACGUGGAUACGAUGGAGGAGGAGACUACCAUGAUCUCCAUGACCAUCCAUGACGUGACAGCGGCACGGCUGAACCCCACGGAGGCCUACAGCGACACAUACACACACUGCGAGAUCCACCCCUCGCUCAUCCUCGGCGUCUGCGCCUCCAUCAUCCCCUUCCCCGACCACAACCAGUCCCCCAGGAACACGUACCAAUCGGCGAUGGGCAAGCAGGCGAUGGGCAUGUAUGUGACCAACUACCAGUCGCGCAUGGACACCGUCGCCUACGUCCUCUACUACCCGCAGAAGCCCCUCGCCACCACGCGCGCCAUGGAGCACCUCCACUUCCGCGAGCUGCCUGCUGGGAUUAACGCCAUAGUGUCGAUCCUGUCGUACUCGGGGUACAACCAGGAGGACUCGGUCAUCAUGAACCAGUCCUCCAUUGAUAGGGGCUUCCACCGCUCCAUCGUCUUCAAGUCCUACAGGGACGAGGAGAAGAAGAGUGGCAGCAUGGUGAACGAGGAGUUUGAGCGUCCCAACCGAGAAAUCACCAUGGGCAUGCGGCACGGGUCAUAUGACAAGCUGGACGAUGAUGGCAUCAUCCCUCCGGGCUCGCGAGUGGCAGCAGAGGAUGUGAUCAUCGGCAAGACAAUGCCCAUUCCUCCGGAUGAGACGGGCGGUGUGGCUCAGCGGUUCAGCAAGCGCGACAUGAGCACUUGCCUCAAGCACAGCGAGACAGGCGUGAUCGACCAGGUGGUUCUCACAACCAACAACGAUGGGCUCCGCUUUGUCAAGAUUCGCGUGCGCUCGAUCCGAGUCCCCCAGAUCGGCGACAAGUUUGCGUCGCGGCACGGGCAGAAGGGCACGAUCGGCAUGACGUACACGCAGGAGGACAUGCCGUUCAGCUGUGAGGGCAUCUCGCCGGAUAUCAUCGUCAACCCGCACGCCAUCCCGUCCCGCAUGACCAUCGGGCAUCUCAUUGAAUGUUUGAUGAGCAAAGUCGCUGCUCACAUGGGCAAGGAGGGGGAUGCCACACCCUUCACUGACGUCACGGUGGACAAUCUGAGCCGCACGUUGCACAAGUGUGGGUACCAGAUGCGGGGAUUCGAGCGCAUGUACAACGGCCACACGGGGCGGCCGCUGCAGGCCAUGAUCUUCCUGGGCCCCACCUACUACCAGCGCCUCAAGCAUAUGGUGGACGAUAAGAUCCAUUCCCGAGGGAGAGGGCCCGUGCAGAUUCUGACUCGGCAGCCAGCAGAGGGUCGGUCGAGAGACGGUGGGCUGCGGUUCGGAGAGAUGGAGCGGGAUUGCAUGAUUGCGCACGGCGCUGCGGCGUUCCUCAAGGAGAGGCUGUUUGACCACAGCGAUGCGUACCGUGUGCACGUGUGCGAGUUCUGUGGACUCAUUGCGAUCGCCAACCUCAAGAAGGGGCUGCUGGAGUGCCGCGGAUGCAAGAACAAGACGGAUAUUGUGCAGGUCCACAUGCCAUACGCAUGCAAGCUGUUGUUCCAGGAGCUCAUGGCCAUGGCCAUUGCGCCUCGCAUGCUCACUCGCGAGACACCCGCGCCCAAGACGAAGAAGAAAGCACCCACUGCUGCUUCUUGA